AUGGCGCAUCAAAGGCUGUCUAUCAAAGACACUCGAGAGACAGAUCUCAUGCACGCUGUGAAUCUGUUCUUUUCCGACACUUCGACUGCCGAGACGAACAAUGUUCGACCUCUGCAGGUGAGACAAUCUCUGGCUGAGACUGUCUGUUCAGACAUUCACUUCACGACCCAUCGGCCAUGGCUAAUACUCUUCCUCGCUCUUCGACCUCCAUCUAUCUGCUUUCCAACACAUUACAAACGACCAUCCAACAAUCGACUCCGGUAG